GUGGAAGUGGACACCGAUCCAAGGUACUGUUAUCAUUGCUUUGAACUCGGUGUUCUUCGUUCUAAAGUAUUCAAGUAUUCUGCGACACGUUUACUACCACCGUCACGAUCAACACUCCACUCCCCUACAUACUCUACCUCCGAAUGGCCCUUGGUGAUUACCCUCAAGUCAAGCCUGAGAAUCAUCGGGUAUAGAUCUACCGUAUUAUUCAAACGAAAGUUCUCAUGGCGCAGUCCCCAAUCCACAAUAUGGAGGAACAAGCUCCAGAACCGCAAGGUCCUACCCAUACAAACAAUACAACCUCAAAUAAAGAAAAACAUCGUCGUCCUAAAUCUCGAGGCUCGACAGCCAGUUUGCAGUCUGUUGGUGUUGGAAGCGCUUUUCAACCUGCGCCGCGACAAGACGACUCGACAAUGCCGUUGGACCACAACGGCUUCAUGGUGCAGCAUGGCCACCCAUUGGCGACUGCAAUGUACCCUCACAACCCGGAGGAAAUGCUCAUGCAUUAUCAACAAAACAUGGCCGCGCAGUAUCGACCCAACACGAUAGAGGGCAUUCCGCCACACGAGAUGCGACCCAUCUCGCAACAAGCAUUCCAAGAAAUGCAACCGUUCCCUAUGCAAUAUCCUCAUCCUCCCUAUGCUGUACCUCCGCAACAUAUGCAUCACAUGCGACAUCAUUCGGAACAGUUUGAAGGCUCACCAGCGCCGGAAGAUUCAAACGCAGAAAAUGGUGGAGCCAAGCGAAGAAAGGGCACUGCUUCGAGUGUUGCUAACGAUCAAGAACUACGACGAUUGCUUGCACAGUACCAGGGAAAGAGCCUCAAAGAAGUAGCCGCCGAGGUUCAGAAGAACGAGGGCUCUGGGGGCAAGUCUGAAAAGGCAAAGCAAGUCUUUGCUAUGUUAUGGCUCCAAGAAAAUUGCCAGCGGUCCUCCAAUUCGGUUCGUCGGGACCGUGUAUUUACGCGAUAUACCGAACGUUGCGGUAAUGAGCGAGUACCAACGCUGAAUCCCGCAUCCUUUGGUAAACUCGUUCGUAUCAUUUUUCCCAACGUACAAACGAGGAGAUUAGGAGUACGUGGUGAAUCCAAAUAUCAUUAUGUUGACCUUUCGUUGGUUGUUGAUGACGACGAGCGACCUUUUGGCUCAACACUCGAGAGACCGAGCACGGCAACCGGAAUUCGCCAUGAACGACAGGGUUCUCAUGUCGACGUGACCAGAACCUUCAAAAGCCAUAUCACUCCACCUCUAGACCGUCCUGCAUCUCGAGCGGCUAUGGAGACCGCCGAAUUCCCGGCCCCAAAUGUUUCCUUCAUAUCCCGUCCAGAUGAUGUCGUUGUUGCUAAAGACGACCUCUCUGCGACUGAGAAGCCGCAUACUCAAAAACUGGACUGCAAACAUAUCAACACACCGACCAUACGACUACCGAUCAAGAUGAUGCCUGCAAAUCUUGUCGCUGUCUUGCCAUCUGUCCGCCCAAAUCUACCUGCUAGUAUGGCGACGUACCUGGGUAUGCCAACACUGAACUCGCUUUCUCAAAUAUCAACCACAGCUCAAGAGCCACCCAUCGAAUUCCCUGAUAUUCAUCCUUACCUAGAAGGGACAACCUACGAUGCAUCCAUAGCAAAGGCCUUGUUCCACCUCUACCGAUCAUAUUGUAUCGAUGUCAUUGACGCAUUUAGAAAGUGCAAAGAAAAGCCAUUUUUCAAUCAUCACUCAGCUUUCAAUGGCAAGAUGACUGUGCCUGUGUCCAAACUCUUCUCGAUGGAAUGCCUGGCACCUUGGAUUCAAGAAUGCGACAUGCGCAUGUACAAACAAAUUGUACGCUUCAUUGCGCCUUUGGCAGUUCAAAAUGUGCCGGACGUCGUGUGGAACGUGUUCGAUCGUAUAGGCUCCAAGCUUGUCACCCAUCUGAUCUCAGCGUUUGAAGAAAAGUGUCCAGUCCAUGUUGUCGUGGCAAAGACUGUUCCAGCGGCAAGAUUUGCCAAUCUGUUGAAAAAGCUCAAGGGUGCGAACGCGGCUACCCUACAAUUAAGUCGCAUGCUUGAAGAUCCCCAGCAACGCACGCAGAUGUGGCUCGAUCUGAUGGCCAUGGUGGAUCCAGAGCGGCUGCUUGAAGAGAGUAUGCCACCUCCUGAGAGCUUCGACAGGAUGCAAGAUAUCUUGAAACACGAUAUGAGACCAUUAAUAUCACCUCUUGAUGGUGAACUUACCCGGGCAGCGGAGGAUGAUCCAACGAGUGCAUAUGUGAAUUUUCUCAAUGAUGUAUCGGAUUUUGGCUUCGGAAUUCUAGCCUCCGAGACUGACGGAGAACCGACACCUCUACUGGAGAGAUGGAUCAGCUGGUUGGAGCGGUUGCCACAACUCUUCGACGGACACCACCCACAAUGUAUGGUUGACUGGCAUUCUAGACUGUGGAGUAGUCUUAUGAUGCAAAUGGGACAAAACGGCGCGCACAGUUACCAGUCAUGGUGGUUUGUGGAAUCCUUUGCGACACAAAUGCUUGGCUGGAUGACUCAAAUGGAAGGGCUGCUUCUCGACGAAGAGAGCCAGAAGCUUGCAGAUGCGAGGGAAAGAGAAAAGAGCAAGGAAAUCGAUUCUCACUCAACUUUGUCUCGCGGCACCAAGAGAAAGAGGAGUGAAGAUGCUGCUGAUGGGGAAGCGAAGGCAGGCUCUGAGAAUGCCUCGCGUGCCAUGAAGAAGUUUGCGCAGAUGCCACCAACUCCUCCAGCUCUACUACCGGUUCAAUCAGUUGAGCAGCCCCCUCAGGAUGUCGAUGACGACGCGACAGAUGCGGAUCUUGAUGAGUUGCGACAAGGUGGCCCUUUAGAUCUGCCUAGCUUCCAUACGGGUCUCAGCAGUCCAGUAAAACGACAACAUGGCAACAAUGCUCUUGACGAUAGCGGGAUCGAUCUUGGACUGGACAUUGAUGUCGAAGCCGAGAAAGAGGCAAGAAAAUUCAACAAGAGAGACUGGCUUCUCAGCAGCGAUCCUGCUGAUCCGCCUGUUGGUCUGGGAGUUAUAGUGUAAUUGAUGGCGACAUUUUGAUGUCUCCGACAAACACCGGUACUGUGUUACCGGCUACUGUUCGAACCACAUUAUGACGAACGUGUCGAAUGGACGAGUGCGAACGAUUUUCGAUGACCUACACGACGAGAUGAUGGAUCAAGGUCACACGGUGGUCGUCAGAUUUGCGAUGAGCGGGUGCUUUCUGAAUUCUGGCGAGAGUUUCCUUUUACUAAUUUCUAUUCUUAAUCGACUCGAGUCAGCCUUGUUUGGCUGUGACUGGGGAAAAGCUCUUUCGAGCAUGACGGCGGCCUGGCUGGUUUAUGGAUAUCAAUGAUACCCAGUCUGAGGGAGGGAGGGAGGUCCUUGCAUACUACAUUUGUUUGGAGAUGUUACUAUGACCAAUGCAGUCUCGACCUGGUCAUUUCUGUGCAAGAUGAAGCUAUUUCUCUUCUCUGUCUACUGUUGCUAGAUGCGUGUGUUUUGGAAGAGUUUUCUUGGAUGCGCAGUUUUCUCGAGUAAACAGCAGAUAUUUCUUCUAGCGAUGCACGUUGUGCGUGGUGUUUACUGGCACGAGUUGGAUCAGGAAUGAAGACGCUUGAUGCUUGAAGUACGAUAUAAUACAAGUGUUUUGCGAUGAGGUAUGAUUCAGUAGUAUUCAGUGUCGUGUUUGUGGCAAC